AGCUAUCACAACAGGAGUAAAACCUACCACAGAACAGAUCGGAAUUUUUUACAACAACGGCUUUUCUCUUCAUUUGACAUAUAUUAAGAACGGCUAUGGUUUCAUCAAAGAGACCACCUUCUCGUCUUCACGUAAGCCGAAGGUCUUACCGCAUUAUCAAUGAACGGAUUUAUUGCAGACUGCAACAACGAUGGUCGUUCGUUUUUAUGAUAGCAUUGAUUUUCGUACUUGUUUUAGUUACACAUCACUUGUUCACCUUGAACAUUCAUGCCCCUAUGUAUUCUUCAACUGAAGGGGCUCAUGAUCAAAUCGAAAGCGGGGUUAUAUCCGGGGAAGGUAAAGACAGGAAGACUAUGGAUGGGGCUGAUGUUGAAAAGGAUUUCCAGAAGCAAUGGUUUAGGAUGCAGCGUGCGAGAGUCGAUUGGAAGGCAAUGCUUGUUCCAUGCGGCUAUGUAAACUCAGUGGUAAAUAGAGCAAUGAUCGGGUGGGGCGGAAUGAACGCAACUUCGGUAAAGAAAAGUUUUGUGGAGUAUACGGAAAUUCGUCCAACCGGACAGUUCUCUAGAAUCUUCAUUCGUACAAGGACUACAGAUGGCCGAUAUAAAGCAAUAGGAGGAGACUUCUGGAUGGUAAUCUUUUCAGGACCUGUUAAUGUCACUGCGACAGUUUUUGAUCACAACAACGGUAGCUAUGAAGCUAUAGCCUUACUAGUCGAUCCAGGUUACUACACUAUAAUAGCGAUUAUAGAGAGAAGUUUGUGUGAAGGAUACCGAGAACCAAAGCCGUCGUUUUACGCUUAUUUUAUGAAGGGUCAUUAUAAGCGGAUAUAUAACGUUUCUGAAGAGAUAGCCCCUUUGCCACCGAGGCGUUUUUACGUGUGGGGAGGUAUAGAUACCACAAAGAUCAGGUUUCAUGUUCCAGAAAGCCGUGAUGAUGUGGAAAAAAGACUGAGAUCUGUUUUUCACCAUCGCUCUUGCGCUACAAACUGUCGUUCGAUAUGGACUGGCCUCGGAAGAUGGAUUGGUAAAGUCUGGAAACCGUAUCUGAAAACAGAUGACCAUGAUUUGAACAUGACUCGUGUGGCAAAAGAAAGACGACAACCUCUUGAAACUUUGUACAUAGUCGGUGACUCUACGAACAGAAUGUUUUCGCAAGAAUAUUUUCACAGAAAAAAAUUAUGUCACGGAAAAAAAAUUUGGAACAGAUGCAUUUGGCGGCAGCAAAAGAUUUUUCCACUUGAAAAAACGCCAAACCCGAAGGCUGUGAAAUUUUCAGAGCGCUAUGGAAAUGUUAGUGAACGUUUUAGGUUCAACGUUUAUCUUGAUUCAAUUCGAGCUGCUUUUCAAGCCGAGGGAAUGAAUAGUAAUCGCAGUUUGCUUAUUCUUCACUACAAUACACACCAAACAAAAUAUCUCACAUUUGCCCAGUGGAAAAAACUCAUUCACGAGGUGAUCACGUUGCUGAAGAAUAGACGAAAGUUGUUUGGUUCUCAAGCACAAGUGGUUUGGAAAACUAUGACCGCCGUCGGCUACACAGGCGCAUUCUACCAAUUUGAAGGAAUGUAUCACACGGCAUUUCGCAUACGACUUUUUGCGGCUUAUGCAUUAUCACAAAUGUGUAAAGCUGGAUUUGAAAUUUAUGAUGUGUAUCCAAUGAGUGCUUCCACUUUAAUUGGAGCAAGAGAUAGAGUGCACUUUCUUCGUGGAGUUUUUUCGAAAGCAAUGGAAGCAUUAACUUGGUGGUAUCUGUCUAAUGAUAAACAAAAGACUACGGACAUUUGUUUCGAGACGUAGCUUGCAUUUCAGUUGAAAUGCGAAGGUCUGGGGAAACGGUCCAAGAACGGGUGCCUGACGUAAAUUCAAUUAUUGAAGUGAAGUGUAGAUCAGCGAAGUUAUGAGAUAUAAGUCGUCUGAGAAAAAAUACAUCAUGCAUGCGAAAACAUGCAUGAUGUAUGCAAAAUAAAGUUUUGUAUGUAUGUAGUAAUUCUUAUAAUUUUUGUAUGCAUGUAGUAAUUAUUCUAUUUCCCCAGAAAACUUGCCGGGCAUUGAAAAUAAUAGUAGAUUGAGAUUCCUAAGCCUCAAUAGUUGAUAGAAAUUCUCAAUAUAAAUAGGUAUCCACUAUCU